AUGGCUUCCCGCAGCGCUGAAAUUUCAAUCGAUGUAGAAUCUCAAAAUGAUAAAAAAGUGCCUGAAAUCAAAGUUAUUCGUAGAAAUCCACUACCAAUAAAGUUCAUAACGGAUAUCGCGAAAUAUUUACAAUGUCUUAAAAAAAAUGUAAAAAUGGACGAAACAUUGCCAAUGAUCCAUGAAAAACUAUACCAGGUAUACGAUCCGAUGCAGAUGAAACUAUACUUGAGUCACUGUGGUAAGCAUCUGCUACGUAUUGGCAAGUUACGAGAUUCCAUACGCUUCCUGGAGGCGGCUCAUGCCGUCGAGCCGGACACUGCAGCGGACGAUAUACAGCAGGAGAUAAUUCAGCUACUAAACGAAGCCUAUAGCAAUUUGGGACAAUUUCGCACCGAAUUAAACGUUCUAUGGUGGGAACGAGAUCUGUUCGGGACCAACGACAGUAGGGCCAUCUCAUGUGAAUCUAAGGACGGAAUGCUAAUAAGCAAACGUGACUUCAACAGGGGAGAUUUCGUGUUCAUUGAUAAACCUUUAGUUGGCUAUGUCCAGGAUUCCAGGAUGCAGUGCAAUAAUUGUACGCUCAAAAUAUUAUACACAAUUCCCUGUACGCGGUGUUGUGCGGUGUUUUACUGUAGUGUAGAAUGCCAGCAAACUGAUAUUCAUUACCACCAGUAUGAGUGCCGGGGAUUUCAGUUGCAGUAUCCUCCCUUGAAGAAACAUGUGUUAACACUACGGAUGCUAGUGAAGGCUUUGGAUGUAUUGCAGCAAAACCUAUUGGUACGCAAGCGCUCGUUUGAGGAACCUCACACGGUACAGCAACUUUGGGAUGUUUUGCUUGAAAAUCAUACACAUUCGGCAGAUUUUCUGCAAGUCUUCCAAGCGCUUACAUGUGAUCACUUCUCAGACGAAAGGAAAGUUUGUCACACUCUAGUUCAAACGGUCCCACAACUGUUGUACUUGAUAUUGGAGGAUAUGAAGCUGCUGGAACAUUAUAAGCACUGUUGGACACCUUUUCCACUUCAUUUGCGUCACGCGUUCGUGGAGAGCGUCCUGUUACGCUUGUUAUGCCUUACGGAAUCACAAGCGUGUUGUUUUAAGUACGAGCUGGCAUUUGACAAAACCGAUUAUGACGAAAUGGUACACACGACAGGUGCUAGAUCGUUGGAUUGUAGGUCCUUUUCCGAGUCAAGUGUAGCGAAGCGAAAUCAGUACUUUGGAUUGUAUCGGUUCCAGACCGAGAUGAAAUCUUCUUGCACUGAUUACAAUACUGUCACCAUAUUAUUGGACCAUGGCGCGGUCGCGAUUCGUGCGGUGGAUGGAAUCAAGAAGGGUGAUACUUUAAUUUUCAUGAAAGGUGCACCUAAACAUACAGAUCCUAUCAAUGUAAUUUCAUUAACCACUUCUGAUGUUCAGGUGCUCUCGUACAAUGAUGUAUUCACCGAAAAGAUCAGAUUGAAAGAUCUAAUUGCAAUCUGGUUACAAUUUAUAACGAGUAAGGCAAAGAUAUUUACGGAAGAUCACUUUGUAGGCCUUCUGUUAUUUUUCGACCGUUUCAUAUCCAGGUACCAGAAUGUACCGAAAAGACCUCUAUGCAUCGCUAUACUGUUCAAAAGAAUAAGUAUGCUGGAACAAAUAUACCACGAAGCUAGACUGAUUCCGCUGGUGCUGAUGCAAGAUAUGUGGAUGGUGCGGCUAAUGUACCGUUAUAUUAAAUUGCGUGCCAUAAAAAGAGAAAAUAUGGAAAAUUUUAUUAGUUACCUGUAUGAUACGUAUUACCAAGAUUAA